AUGAAAACACCACCAGCAACCAGCAAUCAAAAAACUAACAUUGAUUUUCCACGCAUCUCUCUAAAAUUUCCUCCGGAGAUAACACCAAAGACACUGAUACAGAAAGCAAUUCUGAGAUACAAGAGGCUUGGACAAACAUCAAGGAUUCCAAAUGCCUUUAUAGCUUAUCGUGUAGCCUUUUGUAAGGAGCUUCGUUCGAUGAAACACCCAGUUAUUACUCAACCGCAACUUUCAUCACUGGCAAAACAAAAUUGGCUAAAUGAACCGGAAGAAGUACGAAAAGAGUAUCAAAGAAUCGCAUUAGAGGCUAAAAAUUUAUAUAAACAUCUUGUUCGUACGAAUGUACCCGGGAGAUUCGAUCUAGAGAGAAAUUUGCAGCUUCAGUCACACAAUUUGAAUAACAGCAAUAUUAGUAAUCAGUUUGCUCGAGUAGAAACUUCCGCAAGUCCAUUGCAAUCAGUACAAAGUUCUCCUCUAUCCGAAGUAACAGAUUGUGUAAUGACUAUUCCUCCAUCAUCGUCAAGCGAACAAUCAUUAUUGGAUUAUCAAAUUUCGCCGAUUUAUAACUACUCUCCUGCUUUCAACAUGCCAACUUAUACAAAUACGUUAUACACAUCACCUCCAUUAGAAAGCGAUUUAACUUACGAAUCAUCUUAUUUUGCAAAUACUUUCCAGUCAGAAAUCAAUCCAUUAAAUAAUUAUAACCAAACGCAAAUCCCUUUCACGACCCCUUCUGAUUUUUCGACGAAUUACGAUUUUAUUAAUCAACUUGGAUCAUCGAAUUAUAUCAAAGAGACUACAAUCUCAUCGAACCUUUCGAAAAAACAACAAUACAAUUUACCAACUUCGUCUUUAUCAUCACCGAAUUUUUGUGAAUGCUGUAAAAAAGAAAAUAAUUUUCUAAAAAAUCGUGUUAAAGAACUCGAAUCGCAAUUGGCUUCAUUAACUAACGGGCAAAACAGUUCAUCUCAUUCUACAUAA